AAACUUUUUUGGCCAGCAAGCAAAUUAUAUAAAUAAACUGAAUUUCCCUCUCUCUAAAAAUUCAAUGCAACGCAGGAGAGAAAAAAGACUGGGUCCAAGUCUUCUUUCCCGCUUUCAUGGUCCACUUGUCACUCAUUCCAACGCUCAUACACGAACCAUUUUUUUUCUCAGUCAGUUCCUAUGUGAGAAAUUUCCUCGUUCGUAAUUUAUUGGGUCUCUGAGAUUUAGGACUUUUAUUCUUCUUCUGCUUCUUUUUCAGAUAUGGAUUUUGCGGAUGCAAAAAGGAAGAGCAACUUAUCUGGAAGAAUCCUUGUGGCUGCUGUUCUCACUACCAUUUGCAUUUUCAUGCUCAGACAAACGCCUACUUCUAGCACCUCCAACUUUUUUUCCCGUCGGGAAGCAGGGGUAACUCAUGUCUUAGUAACUGGAGGUGCCGGUUAUAUAGGUUCCCAUGCUGCACUAAGGCUGUUGAAGGAUUCAUACCGUGUAACCAUAGUGGACAAUCUUUCCCGAGGAAAUCUCGGCGCUGUGAAAGUUCUACAAGAGUUAUUUCCACAGCCAGGAGCACUUCAAUUUAUUUAUGCAGAUCUUGGGGAUGCAAAAGCUGUCAAUAAAAUUUUCUCAGAAAAUGCAUUCGAUGCUGUGAUGCAUUUUGCAGCUGUUGCUUAUGUUGGUGAAAGUACAGCUGAGCCUCUUAGAUAUUAUCACAAUAUUACAUCAAACACACUUAUAGUUUUGGAAGCAAUGGCAAAACACAAUGUAAAGACAUUGAUCUACUCAAGUACUUGUGCAACAUAUGGAGAACCUAAAAAGAUGCCGAUCACAGAAGAAACUGAACAAGUUCCAAUCAAUCCAUAUGGUAAAGCCAAGAAGAUGGCAGAAGAUAUCAUACUGGACUUUUCCAAAACCUCAAAUAUGGCUGUGAUGAUCUUACGAUAUUUUAAUGUGAUUGGUUCAGACCCAGAGGGAAGAUUAGGAGAAGCUCCUCGACCUGAACUGCGUGAACAAGGCCGGAUAUCGGGUGCUUGUUUCGAUGCAGCUCGAGGGAUUAUUCCUGGACUGAAGGUUAAAGGAACAGACUACAAAACAGCUGAUGGAACUUGUGUGAGGGACUAUAUAGAUGUUACUGAUCUGGUCGAUGCUCAUGUGAAAGCUCUUGCCAAUGCAAAACCUGGGAAAGUUGGUAUCUACAAUGUUGGCACUGGAAGAGGUAGAUCAGUGAAGGAGUUUGUAUUGGCAUGUAAGAAGGCAACAGGCGUUGACAUAAAAGUUGAUUAUCUUGAACGGAGACCAGGGGAUUAUGCUGAAGUUUUCAGUGACCCUACAAAGAUAAGACUCGAACUAAAUUGGUCAGCAAGGUAUACAGACCUUCAAGAGAGCUUACAGAUAGCAUGGAGAUGGCAGAAAUCACAUAUAAAUGGUUACGGAAAUUCCCUUUCUAUGGCUUAAUAGUGAUGUCAAGAAUCAUUGUUGUGGAAACAGAUGCAGUCCGUCAUGCCACUGCAUUGAGCUCGACAUGUAAAUAUGGUAGUCUGUUACACUUAGUGUCUUUGUGAGCAAUGUCCUGAGUCAUUGCAGAUGUCCAAUUUUAUUCUUCCCAUUCUAUCACGUUGUCAAUAUAAUAAGAGAGAACUUUUGAGGAAGAAAAGUCUUUUUGUUAAUUUAAACUUCACAUAAAGAGUCAACAUAUUGGAACUUCUGAAUUACUCCUUUCAUAGUUCAUCACAAUUAGACAAGAGAUAAUGGCAUUAUUUGGUUUUCGCUUGUAUUA